AUGUUUGGGACUAGCACAUGGCACAGGUUGAACAAGCUUGAAAACCUUCGGGGCUUCGAGGUUCGGGGAGUUGAGGGUGAUAAGAAACACCUUGCUCGAACGGCAGGCGUAAAUAUCUCGAGUGGCUUAUCAUCUAAGUUCUCGAGAGUUGACACGGGCUUUCCUUCAAUCUACCUCAUAAGGCAGGUUGCUGCUAUUGGGGCAAGAGCAGAGCAGAGGAAAGAGCGGGCAGGAGCUCUCCUUCUCGACUUGAGUAACAGCCUAGGUAUUACUGGCGGUAGCACUAAGGACAGACCAGCGGGCAGCUCCACUCGUUUUAGUCUCUUCCCUCUGCCGCAUGCAUGGCAUUUAAAUCACUUUCAUUGGGCGUACACCCUGGUUGACCCCGGCGGCCCCCGAUCGUGCGUCAUAUGUGAGGCAGCCGGGCUUAGCAGUAAUGGGGUCAUUAGGGAGGGCCUAAGGUUUAUACGACGUAGAAUAAGGCAUCAGGCAAUCGGAGACUUGGAAGAAAAUGAUGAAGCAAUUGGAAAUUGGAAAUUUGAGCAAGGGGCAGCUUGUCCAUCUAAGCUGAGGCACGGCAUGGCAUACGCUAUUACCAGGAGUACCUACGGAUACAGAUAUAGCAAAAGGCAAAGUGCAAAGUUUAAUGGGCCAUGCUCCUGGCCUCAACCUUUUUUGAAUCAAGGUCCACCCUGCACCAAGUGUCCGUCCAUCCGACAACGCGAGUCCAUCAGACAAGGUUCCGCCUCUGAGAAGGGCAUCCUCGUUCCGCAAUACAGCAGAAAAAUUUCAUCCUCAAAUCAAAUUGCUGUCACCCUUACCGCCCCAUGGUUCGCACUUGCAAUGGAACACCUCAUGCUUUCAGGCGGCUCCCGAAUCUUCUGCUACUGCCUCAGUGCCUAUGGACCGAAGGAGAAGUCUCCUACCACAAUCCAGAUUACCGGAACCCGCACUUUCUUUGCCUUACUUUACCUUCCUUAUAUGUUCUUGGGCCCCGGGAAAUUCGGCCCAUCCAGGAAAGUCACGCAGGAUUCAGCCGCGCCCGGCAACGCGUCUCCGCAUCCGGCAGCCCCAGACGCUGUCGACGAGCGAGCGCCUCUGAUCCCGACCCGCGUGCCCGCCAACAUUUCGAUAAGUUGGUUUGUCGAUAGAACAUCCCUUCGCUGCACCAUUGGACAAUUGAUAUUGGAUGAAGUUACCGCUUCACUACAAAAACAAACAGGGAACAGUCUCAUCCGCAAGUUCGCAACAUGCAAUGCAAAUGCCGACUUUUUCUUUGUGGACUUUCCCCAAGUGGCAUUCAGUCAUUUAAUCCCGAAGCUACAGUUUGAGCAGAAAAGACGGAUAACCUCUACCCGCCGACUAGGCGUCUGUGGCAUCUACCCAUCCAGCAUCGGCUGGCUUGCCAUGUACGGGUUGAUCCUCAACUACAUACCAACUGCUUCGGUCACCGCCCCGCAUCACACCGAGGAAUGCAACCCAUCUCGCUCACGAGUCACAAAUGUACAUAGGCGAGGCGGAACCUGGAAGCUGCACGCGGCCAGAACGUCGGCGAUGCUACGGUUACGAUGCGCUUGCGAGCGCAAAUACAACAGGUCACAAACCUUCUGUCAUCGUUUGACCGGUUUCCCGUCUAGACUCGGCAACUCAAUUGCUCGACAAGCCAUAGACCUCACCCCCUCGAUCCUCCCAAAUGCCUUUCAAAGAGACGAUUUUCCGGCCCUAACUGUCUGCUGUUACACGUCGGACGCACAGAAUUCGGACCACGAAAACCUUAUACACGCUUUGGGCACUUUCGUCGCUGCUCGAAUUCCAGCCUGGCUGCAGCCCCAUCCUGGCUCUUGGCGCUUCUCACCUCAAUAUGAGGCUGCACCUUCGCCUUGGAAGUUGGAGGCCAUCAAGCCGCAGGUCACCAUUUGUGCCUCAAUCCCACAUGAUGAGGCUACCAGCUACCGGUUGUACGAGGUUGCACGAGAAGUUCUAAGUUGUGACCCUCUGAACUACGCCAAUGCUGUUUUCGUGUCAAGCCCGACCAAAUACCUCUCAAGCGUUGCAGGGGCAUCGGCCGCUUGCCUUGAUGACAGGACAACCCUGGUCUCACUCACGCUUUCCGUCAAUGGCCUGGCGGUUCACAGGCCCUUUGGAACAGAUAUUAGCAGGGAGCACACGUGGGAGAAGGAGGCAUCAAGUCUCAUCUUCUCUGACCAGUUUGAAGGGCCAGACACACAGACAUGGGGUCAUUCACCAAACAACCAAACGGUCCGGCUCGCCAUUGAGCACCUUGCGAGGCCAGAGCUACUUCCAGCUAUUCCACGUGCGUCGUUGCUCUCGGCCGGCCAGGGCAGCGGCACGACUGAAGGGCUGUCUGAUAAGAUCUUCAUCCGAGCAAGCCUUACACCUGAAUACUUUCGUCAGCGAUAUGUGGACGCCGUGCCUUUCGCCGGCGCAUGUCCAGCUUUCAUGCCUCUGCUCGGCGCUCAGCCGGCUGGUCUGCUGUUUGAGCCAGGCACUUCAGCCCGGGAUGCAGGACAUUCUCCGAUGAAGUUUUUCAAAGUCCGACUUGGCGACAACGGCCCUCUCUUUGACCGGCAACUUAUACAAACCUCUCAACAGCAGUUGGGAAAUGGACCCCAAACGUGGCCAAUUGAAAUUGGCAAUGCGGUCGAGGUGGGCAUUCUCGGCUUCCGGAAGCUGCUGCCCUCGGUCGUCUUAGGGUCGACCCUGCAAAAGCUUCCUGGUGUUGGCCAACAUCUAACAUCCGGGCUCCGACGGACAACAGGUCUGGUUGUUCUGGAAUACCUUCAGCCAAGCCGGCAAGUUCAGGCGAAUGGCCUUCCCGACUUCAUUGGCAACGUGUCCCACACGUUAAACAGUCGAAAAAAGGGUGUGCUGGGCUUUUCCGUGGGUGUCCUGAUUGUUUCACGUCAUCUCAUGAGGAGCCCCCUAUAUCCCUGA